AUGGGUAAAGACAUUGUUGAUUUCGCUCUUCCAAGCAUCGAUGAUGCGUUUGACCCAACCGAGGGCGAGGCAAGAGAGGUCAUCGAGGAAUCAACUGUUGAGUUUGACGUGGAUGACACUAAAUUGGCAUCUUCCCUGAACAUGGAGCAGAGGGCCGCAUACGACGAGAUACUAGCGGCUGUUGAACGCGGUGAUGGGGGUGUAUUCUUUGUUGAUGGCCCUGGAGGUACAGGAAAGACCUUCCUAUACAGGGCGAUGCUUGCCAAGGUGAGGAGCGAUGGCAAGAUUGGUAUCGCUACCGCGACGUCGGGCGUCGCCGCUUCUAUCAUGCCUGGCGGCAGGACUGCCCACUCGAGGUUCAAGAUCCCAUUGAGUUGCGAUGAUGGAGCCUCGUGUAGCUUCACCAAGCUGAGUGGGACCGCCAAGCUACUAAGGAUGGCCUCAUUGAUAAUAUGGGACGAGGCCAGCAUGACGGUGCUUCCGGUUGUCAGAAGGGGGUCGCGGGGCCAGAUAAUUGAUGCAACCCUCUGA